GUCGGACAUCUCUACUGCUCUGGCCGCAGCAGCAGCAGCAGCAGCGUCCGUGGCGGCUGCCGCUGCAGCACGACGGUUGCUUAUCUGCCCCCUCCGCGACGGUGCUCGCUCGUCUCCUCUGUGUUUUAUGCAUUAACAGACACCGUCUCGACUGAUGCUCCACUCGGCUGCUCGCUCGAAUGAGAGUGUGAAGUCGCGGUCCGUCGCUAUGCGCACCACCCGGAGAGCCGCUGCUCCUCUCUGAGAUGAGGCCUACAUGUUAAAGCUCGCUCCCCCUCCUUCUCCUCCUCCCCGCGAGAAAGCUCACCGUGAUGGCUGAUGAUCAACAACAACAACCUGGGCAGCUGCAGCAGAGUCCCGUGUCCGGCCUGGGCUCUCUCCCCACCGCGAUGCCUGCUCUGCAAGGCCCCGAGGCGACCGCGCUGCAGUACAACAAGAUAAAGAAUUCAAUCUGCAAAUCUGUACAAUCAAAAGUGGACAGCAUUUUGCAAGAUGUUGAGAAGUUUACAGACAUUGAAAAACUCUACCUCUACCUUAAGUUGCCUUCUGGUCCUAGCAAUGGAAAUGACAAAAGAACUGAAAGUCAGAGGGGGUCUGCAAGUCCUGCAUCAUGUGACCAGAAUUCCAUGUCGUCCAGCCGGACCCAACAGAUGUACGCUUUCAACUGGAUCCGAAAUCACCUAGAGGAGCAUCCUGAGACCUCACUGCCAAAACAAGAGGUGUAUGAUGAGUACAAGAGCUACUGUGACAAUCUUGGCUACCAUCCUCUAAGUGCUGCUGAUUUUGGAAAGAUCAUGAAAAACGUCUUUCCAAACAUGAAGGCACGCCGCCUGGGAAUGCGAGGAAAAUCUAAAUACUGUUAUAGUGGGCUGAGGAAAAAAGCCUUUGUGCAUAUGCCAUCAUUGCCCAACCUGGACCAGCAUAAAUCAGGGGAUGGGUGUGAGCUGUUGGAGCCAGCUGCUCAGUCUCCCAGUGCCGAGGAUGAGAUGCGUUCUGCAGCCUGCGGCCUGGUGUGUGAAUGGGCCCAGAAAGUCCUGAGCCGUCAGUUUGACAGUGUGGAGGAGUUAGCACGCUUUCUGCUCAACAGCCAUUAUAUUGGCACCAAGUCCAUGGCUGCCCUAACUGUUAUGACUGGGACUUCAACAGGUGUAAAAACGCCCACUCCAGCCUCUGCAUUUGUUCCAACUGGUGAGGCCAAUUCCUUCCAGCCCCAAGUGAAGACUCUCCCUUCACCCUCUGUUGAUGCAAAACAGCAGCUACAGCGUAAGAUUCAAAAGAAACAGCAGGAGCAGAAACUCACUUCCCCACUGCCCAGUGAUGCCCAAGCUAGGAGAGCUGAAGCAGGCACACCAGGCCCUGGGUCUGGUAUCACCUCCGGAAGUCCUGCUUUGUUGUCCCCACAGCCCACAAUUGGCAUUGUAGUGGCUGCAGUGCCGAGCCCCAUCACGGUCCAAAGGAAUAGACAGUUGAUGACAUCCCCAAGUCCAGUAGCGACAGCAGAGGGAAAGGUUCUACCAGUGAAUUUCCAAGUGGUUACUCAGCCUGUUAAGCAGUCCCCUAAAACUCCUCAGAAUGUUCCUGCCAGUCCUGUUGGCGACAGGUUAGCCAGACACAGAUAUGCUCAGAUCCUACCUAAACCCUCUGCCACUAGCGCCAUCACUCUUCGAUCACCCCCAACGCUUCUCAUCACUCAUAACAGCCCUAUCAAAACAGUGAUGCCCACUCAGCAUGUCAGUUCAGUGAAUGUUGUCAAGAUGACUGCUAUAUCACUGACACCUAAUAGUAGCAGUGGCAGCAGCACGCCAACACCAUUAAGACCUGCUUCAGCUGGUGUCAGUAGCACUCUUUCCCAGGAAGAGCCUAACCAAAACCAGCAAUCUCAGAAUGGCAGCUCAGCCGCUCUUCAGUCAUCUGGAGCUGGAAGAGUUAGCCGUCUCGCCACUACCCCAAUUCCCUCUGUUUCCUCCACUAGCGAGGUCAAGGUGACAUCUGAAACUGUGAAUGACAGUAACUCAUCUGCUGGUGCUGAAAAGCAGAGCACUACACCAGGGACUAACACUGGGCAGAAGAACGAGAGGGCCACUAAAUAUAGGGCUUCCAGUGAACCUUCUCUUCUUGUCAAGGCAUCCCCAGUGCCUGAAAGAGUUAGUAGGGCCAAAAGUGACUCAGCAACGCCUCCCAGUACAAUCAUAGGGGCAGCUGCCCCAAGCAGCAAUAACAGCAGUGAUCGUCAGGAGAGUACCCUGUAUUUAACCGUAAUGAAUCAGAAUGCUGAUAUUGGAUUGUCAGCCAAUGGUGUAGUUUCCCCCUCUGGCCAGUCAACAAAAGAUACUGGUCUUGGUCCAAAAAGUCCUAGAAAGCGUUCUGCUUCUGUUCUGGAGACACAUGCAAUCCCAGUUAAGCGGGUGUUCAUAUCUCAGCAGCCUUUGGAUGCUAGCAACAAUCCUAAACCUGGUCUUGUAAUAGCUACAAAGAAGAUACAGAGACCAGGAACCCCUGCAAGACCAGAAAGUGCUCCAUGCAAAGUAACAUUAAAACAGAGUAACUCCCUUCCAACGCAAAUUUUGGCACUUUCAGACACUCCAAUUGAAAACACACCUCAGACUAUGGUGACUUCUCAGAGCUCUUCCCAUGUUGAGCAUGAGGACAACUCUGCUGGAAUAAGCCCUACUGAAAUAGCCUCUUGUAAUAGCACAGCAUCUGAUCAAGCUUUAUUGCAACACAUCGUGAGCCACCAACAAGUCACCACUGCCAUUUCUCAGGAGGCAUCUGCUGUGAGUGAGCUAAAGAGCUCGUUACAAGACUACUCUCAACAGAUACAGGCAGAACAAAAGCAGGUAACAGCUAGCCAUCUGCCAUUGAUGGCUCAAACUCCUGUAGCAUCUGCUCAGUUGACUCUCCAACAAGAUAUUGUUGACUUUGAUGGAGCUCAAGCUAGCAUGGACUAUUUCCCCUUUAAUGAUGACGACAUGACACAGGACAGUAUAGUGGAAGAGUUGGUUCAGAUGGAGGAGCAAAUGAAGCUGAAUAGCAGUCUGCAGCCGUAUCUUAGUUCUCUUGAUAUACCUUUACAAGGCCAGUCAGUUGCUCAGAGCACUAUCCUUUCCCCUCAUCAGACUGGCACUCAGUUCUACCACUCUGCACAUAGUAGCACCACUCCAGUCCACACUCCUACACCCACUCCCACUCCAACACCAACUCCAACUCCAACCCCUACCUCCGAAAUGUUGCCAGGGGGACACAGUUUGACCCGAGAAAGUCCUUGCUCCAGAAUGGCACCUAUUACUCCAGUUGAUGGCAUUUUAGGUGGUCGACAUACACCUAUCAGCACUCCAUUGUCAAACUGCAGUAGUAGUGUUCCACCAAGUCCAGUUGAGUGUCGAAAUCCCUUUGCAUUUACACCCAUUAACUCUAACAUAACAGGUUAUCAUGAUGGCAGCGUAGUCUCUAGUAGCCCAGUAAAGCCCAUGCAGAGGCCCAUGGCCACUCAUCCAGACAAGGCUAAAAUAGACUGGAUCAACAACAGAUAUAACAGCACUUCAAGCUCCCCAUCAAUUUCAAACAGUAAUGCCAUUGGAAUCCUUCCAAGCUAUCAGGAUCUGGUUGAGGACCACUUUCGUAAACCCCAUGCAUUUGCCAUACCAGGGCAGUCUUUUCAGUCUCAGUCCAGGCACCAGGAAGGACAUUUGGGCCGGUUGACAACUGUGUCACCUGUUCAACAAGGGCAACAACCUGUCGAGAAUAAGCAAGAAAGUUUUGCUGUGCCUGCACCGUUAGACAACAAAGCAGCAUCUGGGAAUGGAGGUGGAACCUUCAGGUGUCGUAGCGUAAGCCCUGCUGUAAGGCAGCGCAAUCUUAGUGGCACUACUGUGCAGACAAAUGCAGCGCCAAGAUCUGUUGUUUCACCAUUCAAUUCCCCUUUGACCUCUGAAGUUCUUAGCAUUCUUUCCAACAGCCAAUCAGUGGUAACUGCCAACAGCAUGGCCCAGAGGAGCCAAUCAGUACCACUAAGUAUCAUGAUGCAGUCUGAGAUGUUGCCAAUCGGCCACCAGGGCCAGCAAAGCAACAGUGCCAAGAUCACAAGUGUGCUUCUGAGCAAGAUGGAUGCGGAUGGGGAUGACACGGUGCGUGGGUUAGGUGUCAACAACAUGCCCUCCAAUUACACAGCUCGGAUGAACCUCACACAGAUCCUGGAAACUACACAGGCCUUUCCUGGAGGCACAAACCAUCAAACGCAACAGCUGCCUGUCUGUUCAAGCCCUUCACCUUUUGACUUCCAGAAGCCUGGUUAUCUUAUAAGCACUGGGAGUGAACAGAUUACUUUCUCUACUGAUGGCCAAGCACAGUCAGGCUCUGGGCUGCAGCAACAGGAGCAGCAGCUUCAACUGCAGGAUCAACAGCUGGAACUACAGGAUCAGCAACUGUUAGAGGAUCAACAGUUCCAGGAACAACAACUGCAACUUCAAGAGCAACAGUUACAUCUCCAGGACCAACAGCUGGAUUUGCAAGACCAACAGUUACAACUACAGGACCAACAGUUGCAACUGCAGGACCAGCAGCAGCUACAAGAUGAUCCAGACCUCAACCAACAGCAGCUGCUGCCUCAAACCUCACAACAGAAUGAGGAGCAACAACAGCAAGAGCAACUGGACUUCAACAGCACUGUCAAGGAUCUCUUGGGGGAGGAUGGACUCAAUCCUAGCUCACAACUUGUUGGACAGGUGGCAUCAGAACUCAGCGCGGUCGCAUCAGACUUCUCCAGUGAAAUACGCUUGACCUCUGAUCUUUCUGGUAGCAUCAACGACCUGAACACUUUAGACCCUAACCUUCUGUUUGACCCAGGUCAGCAACAGGACCAAUAUGAAGACACCACACUGGAAGAGCUGAAGAACGACCCGUUGUUUCAGCAGAUAUGCAGUGACACUGUGAACUCUGCUGGAUUUGACUGGUUGGAGAACAAAGACCAGCCAACCGUGGAAAUGUUGGGUUAGUUUUGUUUCCUAUUCCUUUAUUGUCAUGAUUAUUGCUGUUUGUCGCUAUUUAUGUUUUCUGUUCAUUGUCUUUGUUUUUUGUGAUUCUCUUUUAUAUAUUUUUAAAAUGUGAUUAAGGUUUGUCACUGCAGCAACUGGACAUAUCAGUCAAGUCCAGAGAGAAGUGCCAGCCUGACCUGAAGUGAUGUUUUACAGGCUUGUACUUUCUUUUCCUGUUAUUACAGUCCAUUCCAGUCUAAAGCUGAUUUCAAGCAGUUGUCAGUAAUCAGGCAUUUCUUUUCCCUAAGAAUUGGUUGUUAUCAUUUAUACCAAUGUCAGUACAUUUCUUUACUAGUGUAAUGAUCCUGUAUAUAACCUACAUGAAUAUAUCCUUAAUUUGAUACUUUAGUCCACUGAGAUCUUGAAUAUUCCACCACAGUAAAUCAGUAAGUGACAUGAAACUGAAUGCAAUAUUUUAAAAAUGGAUCACUGAGUUUUGAUAACUGUCUUGGUAAGGCAAAGAGCAGUUGUGUACUGUUUCAUUUGCCUUUGCAAGUAUGUUAGCGAGUCAUAUUGCUAAAGAGUUUACUUCAUUUUCAUCAUCACUCAACUAAAUUGUCAGUCAAAUUACCAUCAAAUCUUAGGUGCUAAUAGGUGCUGAAUAAAAGUAAUUGGCAUCUGCCAAAUCACUUUUUGGUCAUUGUUGUGUUUUGCCUAAUAAAUAGUGAGUUAGCAUAUUUAAUAAUAGGACAUUUUACUCGUACUGUUAAAUAAAAAGAUGAGGGAGAGGAGUCCGAUUUUUUGAUAUACCUACACUGUUUAAAAAAAAGUGAAUAUUACAUAAGGGAGUUUGGUCUGCCUUAUUUCCAAAGUCCAAGGCCUUAUGUCAUCUUAAGAAAGGCUUUAAUGUAUGGUAUUUGAGGAUUUUUACAAAUCUUGCUGCACUUCAGACAAAGCUUGGCUGUAGGUCAUUGUGAAUUAUUAUUUUCAUUUUCAUUUUCACAUCCCUUCAAUUAAUGCUUGCAAACUAUUAUAUCCACCAUUUUACAAUGACGUAGUUCUUUUCCAUAUUUUAACUCUUAAUGGCUUAGAAGAUGACAGUAGACAGUAGUGGAGUGGUAUGGUAGAAGGGUAGAUAUUGUGUCUAAGGCUAUGGCUUGUGAUCAAACGUCCAACCUGGAUUUAUCGUCAAUGAGUUUCAGCCUUAAAUCCGUACCAAAGAGAAGCUGUUGAAGAACAAUAAGUGAUUGAGAUCCGUUAUAUCCAUCUCCAAGUGACUAUCAGCACUGAAGGGAUCUGGUUAGACUCAUUGGUGAAUUGAACAGGGUUUUACGGUGCUCGAGUUCCUGGUGGGCAAAUAUUUGUGUAUAGUAUGUAUAUGGCAAACGUAUCUGAUGUACAGUAAUUAUGGAUGGGAAGCAUGCUGUCCAACUUCAUUACUUAAUGGAUUCAUGAAAACUUGGCUAUUUGUAGUCAUUAUAUUAACACCUCAUUUGUUAAAAAAAGACAUGGUCAUGAUAAGAAAUUCCAUUUUAUUAAUACACUGUAUGGUGAUGAUUUUUAGAUAGAUCUGAGCGCCCUUGAGGGAAAAAAAUACAGAAGAAAUCAUAUUGAAUCUAUAGCCAGCACGAUAUGCUGUGUGUUAUCUUUUUGGCUUUAUGUGUUGUGCAAGUAAUGCUGUCUGUUUGGUCUCUAGCUUGCAGAUGUGCCAUUUUCCUUAAAAGAGUAUAUUGGUCUCUGCUUUUGCAGAUGUGAUGUGUACAUUGAGAGAGGAAAAAAUAGCAUGGUUUAUAUAAAAAAGAAGAAUAAUGAUAUAUGAAAUGUUGAUUUUAUUGUGGCAGUCAAAUGUAUUGCGCAGAGAACCUUGGAGUGGCAGGCACUGGAAAUUCAAUGGUUCAUGGUUCAGCAAUCUUUGGAAGUUCACUUUAUUGCACUAAAAAUUUCCAUUUUUGUAAAGCUUGGCUUUGUCAGAGAUUUAAAGGAUAAAAUGGAACAAUUGAAGCUGGCAAAAAGCAGAUUUUUUUCAAAGGUAAAUUACAAAAGGGGAAUUACAUAUGACACGUCAGAAAAUUACAAUUAAUUAUUGCCUUGUGUAGCAAUGUGCACUAAUCUCAAUGAGAUACACAUUUUACUCAUUCUCAUCCAUGAGAAUAAGAAAGAUAAAAGCAAACAAAAUUUAAGAUAACAUUAUUAAAAGUGAAUAAAAAGAGAACAUGCUUCACUAUGUUAUUCAAUGAUUGUAUGUGCGCAUGUAUGUUGAACUAUCUAUUGUAGUAUUCUUUGUGACCACUCCCUCAGCCAAAAUUGAGGGCUGGUUGUGUCGACCAGAUAGAAAAGAAAAAAAUGUAGUUCUUUGGGAUAAAAGCUAUAUGUGUGAUGUUUGCUAAGUUAAUAUUGUUCUGUAUGUUUUAGUUCAUGAAUAUGUUCUCUUUUUUUCAGUACAUGGAUCUUUUGUUUUGCUUUUUUUUUUCAUUUUUUACAAAAAAAAAUGCCUUUGUGAAGAAACCUGUAAAUAAUUUUUUCUAUGUUCUGGCAUUUAUUGAGGCACUGAUUUAUUCACUUUUUUAUUUUGAGAAGGAAAGAUCUAAUCCUUACUUUUUUGAUACACAAAAGAUUCAUCAAACAGUAAGUCCAAUGCUGUAUUUCAGACUGGUCUGGUAGAAAAAAUGUGUUUAUUCUUUCUGUCUGUUUGAAACAGUAGAACUGAACCCUUCUCUGUGCUGUUGUCUGGUGUACUACUCAAUGUACAGUAGCUUGUUAAUAUUGCAGAAGCGUUUUAGCGAUGUUUCUUUCUCUCUUUUUUUUUCAAUGGAAAGUACUCACAGGUGAGAUUUUUUUAAGUGGUUUUAAAAGCCAAUAAACAUUUUUAAAUAACAA